AUGGCUACACAGGAAGACGAUCCCUUCGAUUCCCUUCUCACUCUCGAAGAUGACUUCUACAAAGAGGGUUACGAGUUGGGGGCUUCGGACGGUAAUCGCGCCGGACUGAUUGAAGGCCGCUUAUUCGGGCUCGAAAAGGGCUUCAAGAAAUACGCCUCGAUGGGCAAAUUGUAUGGAAGAGCAGUGAUAUGGACAGGGAGACUUCCAGUCUUACAAGAUACUCCUGUAUCUGACAGGCAAAAUGCCGGCACUGCAGACAUGCAGACAAUUUUUACGAGCCAAUCAGUACAAGAGAGCAGCGGAGGAGGUGUUCAGCCUGAAGUAGAAACACUACCAGGACGAACAGAGGUCCCCAGUCUACUUGCCAAUGUGCGCUUGGAGAAACAUCUUCGAACGCUAUAUGCUCUUACAGAGCCAGAGAGUCUCUCAACAGCUAACGACGAGAACUCUGUGUCGGAAUUUGACGAUCGCUUCAGUCGUGCAGAGGGCAAAAUCAAGGUCAUAGAAAAAUUGACUGGUGAGACGGGGUCACAAGCAAUUCCUGGACGCUCUCCGUCCAGCUCGUCUGGACUAGAGCCAAAAGACAGGAAAGUCAAAAGAGGAGAUGGUGGUAUCGAAAGUGUCAGCAGCCUGCAUGCUAGACAUUAA